AUGUCCUCCCAAUCUGGAGCUGCUGCCGCGAGCAAGGCGCUUGUGCGCUGCACGCGACGCAUCCGAGACCCGUUAAACUACCUCGUCAUGCAGCCGACGGAUCCUGACCAGGUCACCACCUCCAUCCGCACCGUCGACGCGGCCAUGGUGACGUGGUUUGUUCCCCUCCACAAUCUCCAGUAUUGCCUGCACAAGCGGUACGAAGCGGAGCAGUUCGGGGUGAUGAUCUUGCCCAAAGGUAUGGCCGUCCCAGAGGUAAAGCCUCUGACGCCGACGGAGGCCAGCGCGAAGGCGGCGGCGGCGCGGCGUGGGCCAUCUGUGGUUCCGCAGUUCAUGUGCAUGACGGCUCCGCGACCGAGCGGGGCAACUGACUCCGACGCCGGGGCUGCCGGAUCCCCGCCCGCGUCCUCGCCCUCGCAGCUGUCCUCUUCGCCAUCCCUAUCAGAAGGCGGCAAUCAGCUCAACAACUACGUGAACGAGGAUGGUGACACGGUGGUGCCGCUGGGGCUCGUCACGAUGAUCGUCGGUAACAACAGCCCUGCCAAGCAGUCGUGGCUGGAACGCCUCCUUGACCCCGCGCCGCACCCGACGCUCUCGAUGCGAGUCAUGGUGGUCGACCGCAUUCACUGGCAACGCACGAGCUGGCUGGCCGGCAGCAUCUGCAGCAGCCUCUGCUGGGGGCGGCUGCCGCAACGCAUCUUCUCCAUCAACCUCGACUACAAGAAUCCCGUGUACAUCUCCGGCGGAAACGCGGCGACGGCGGCAGUCAAGGGGGACGCGCCGCUGCUCAGCAAGCACGCCCGCCAGCCGUUGGUGUUCGACGCGGUGACGCAGCGCUACACCUCGCCCUUCCAAAUAGACGUCCCUGGCUUAAACUUUAGGCUGAAAAUCGAGGACACCGGCAAGACGCUCUUCGAUACCACCUCGCGGGUCGUGGACGGCUUCCUUGACAACGAAAGUGCCCUGCACCGGCUGGCGCUGUCGCGCGAGGUGAACAUGCUCGGGCUCGGCGGCUCUGUGUACCGGCAAACGUUGUGGAGCAGUCCGUCGCUACCCAACGUUGGCCGCAUCGUCGAGUGCGAGUUCGGCUCCCUCUUCGAGCGCUACUUUGGCUGCUCGCCGGUGGGCGGCCCUGUCGCCACGUGGCUGGUGGACGCAGUGGACAAGACGCUCAUCUACCAAAUGGAGGGCGAAGUCGAGGAUGAAAAUGACCCGAACAGCGCCACGACGUACGGCGACCGUUCUCUGACCGAGCGCGUGCAGAAGAAGGCGAUGAACCGGUACAACAGCUUCCGCGACGACAUCCGGCACAAGACGUACAGCGAGCUCGCUGGUGACGAAGUACCACGUUGA